UUAUUGAGAUCAAAGAUUCGUCAAAGGCCCGAAUGAUUGCCGACAAGAAUAUCGAAACGCCUUCACAAGAGCUCAGCCAUACUCUCGAAUAGUUCGUCUUCUCAAGUGGCCAGGGAGUCCAUCGUCGCCGAUGUCACUUCUCAUGAUGGCCACGCCAGUGAAGACACUAAUCCGCUCUUUCCGACCUCAAACAGCAUAUAACGUCUUGAGACCAUGUACAACACGGGUUCGAUUUAUGCAGGCUCAACAAACAAGAGAAGUUCAUGCCCCGGCUACAGAGUACCUCCAAUCAUACAAUGUUGACUGGACAGAGUCUCAACAAUCCGUCAGAGAAGCGAUUGCGAAGAUCUGUACCAAAUAUCCAGAUGAGUACUGGCUAGAAAAGGACAACAAGCACGAGUUCUCCUUGGACCUACACCAAGACCUAGCGAAAGCCGGAUGGCUGGGAAUCUGCAUGCCCGAAGAGUACGGAGGCUCAGCUCUCGGCAUCUCAGAAGCAUCCGUAAUGAUGCAAACACUUUCGGAGUCCGGAGGCGGCAUGGCAGCUGCGUCCUCAGUGCACAUGAACAUCUUCGGUCUCGAGCCUGUGGUCAAAUUCGCAUCGGAAGAACAGAAGCAACGGUGGCUGGUCCCACUCAUCGCUGGCAAGGAGAGGGCUUGCUUUGGUGUUACAGAGCCCAAUACUGGCUUAGACACGUUGAAGUUGCAAUCGCUCGCUGUCAAGAAUUCGGAUGGCAAGUCGUACAGUGUUAGCGGCAGCAAGAUCUGGACGUCGACUGCUCAAACGGCACAGAAGAUCUUGCUCCUCGUUCGAACCACGCCACUGGAUGAGGUCAAGAAACCGACCCAGGGUUUGUCAUUGUUCUAUACCGAUCUCGACAAGAAGCAAGUUCAAGUCACCGAGAUCCAGAAGAUGGGUAGGGCCGCUGUAGACAGCAACGUCUGCUUCUUCGACGGCUGGCAGGUUCCAGCGGAAGACUUGAUCGGAUCGGAAGGUGAAGGCUUCAAGCAGAUCAUGCAGGGCAUGAAUGCGGAGCGAAUCCUGAUCGGAGCUGAAGCGCUUGGGUUGGGCUUUUGCUCGUUGAGGAAGGCGGCCUUAUAUGCCAAAGAUCGCCACGUUUUCGGACGGCCAAUUGGCAAGAACCAAGGCAUCCAGCAUCCUCUUGCGGACUCGUGGAUGAAGGUCGAAGCUGCAAGAUUAAUGGUUUAUCAGGCGGCGCGGAUGUACGAUGCUGGACACAGCACGGGGGAGUAUGCUAAUGCAUGCAAGUAUUUGGCCGCUGAUGCGGCUUUCGAAGCGGCUGAGAGGGCAGUGUUGACGCAUGGUGGCAUGGGAUACGCAAAGGAGUAUCAUGUCGAGCGCUAUUUUCGGGAGGCGAUGUUGCCAAGGCUUGCGCCUGUAAGUGGUGAGAUGAUCAAGAACUAUAUUGCUGAGAGGGUGCUUGGCUUGCCUAGGUCAUAUUGAUAGCAAGAAGAAGAUAAUUUUUGUCUUCUGCGAUACAGAGCUAUAUCUGCUGCCGCCCAGCUUCUAUGCG